AUGAACAAGCCAUGGACACUCUUUUCAUCCGCCGAAGAUCAGCAGGAGUCAGACACUGCAUGGCUCAUCCAUCAGCAGAACAACCCGGCUCAAGAGCUCAGGAACGAGGAAGCAGGGAUUGAAGAAAUGGCAGAAAAUGGUGAAGAUUAUCCUGUAUAUGAUUUGGUUUCAGAAUAUGUGGGAAUAGUAGCUGAAGAAUACAAAGAUGCUGAUGUAGUAAGUAUUAGAAUUCGUAUCUAUCUUGAUGGUAUUAAGCAAGGUCCCCCACUGAAUCUCUCCGAUGAUGAGGUUCUGAUGAGGAUGAGUUCAUGGAUAGUCUAUGAAUCUUGCUCUAAUCAAUUAAAAGCUGUCCCCGUAGGUGGACAUAGUAAGCGUCGUUAUAGCGAAUAUCUCACCCCUCUCAAAGGAACGAGAAAAGAGAAGGGUGGGUUUAUUGUAGCUGAUACAGAAACAUUACUUAUUCAUAAAGAGGAUGCAUCUACAAUAGAGAAUAAGAAAGUGAAUAUUCCAUACGCUAUAGGUUUCUUAUUGGUUAGUCCAGGCGAUGAUCUUUCUUCACUGACUAGUAAUGUUAUUGAGACCUAUUUCAGUGAAGAAUAUCCAGAUUUUCUAUAUACAUCCUUUGAAGAAAGGAGUUCUAAGAUGAUGAAGGAUUUUGUAGAUCGUUUAGCUCUUGUAUGUGAAAAAGAUCGAGAAAUCAAAACAGUCUAUUUCCAUAACUUUGCACGAUUCGAUGGUAUUCUCUUAUUGAAACAUUUCUUGAAUCUUGGUGAUAAGUAUUCAAUCAAACCAUUAAUUGUUAAUAAGCAUUUAUACGAGAUCUCAGUAUAUAAAGGAAAGAAACUUCUCUUUCAUCUAAGGGAUUCCUAUACAUUACUACCUAGUAGUUUGAAGUCUUUAGCUUCAAAUCUCUGUCCUUCCUUAGGAGCCAAAGGUUACAUCGACCACAAGUCGGUGACAGUGGAGAAUCUAAGCGAUCAGAAAGACCAGGAAUACAUGAAACAGGAUAUAAGGCUCUUAGGUGGGAUUAUGCUCAAAGCUCAAGAGAUUAAUAGGUCUAACUAUAGCGUGGAUAUAGUGUCCAAAUUGACCGUCUCCUCACUAGCUCUCACUAUCUUUCGUACACGCUAUUAUAAUGAUAAGAAAUUUGCUAUUUAUAGACCUUAUAUGAGCGAAGAUCACUUUAUUAGGCGUGGAUAUUAUGGUGGCCAUGCCGAUGCAUAUAUCCCAUUUGGUGAGAACCUCGUAUAUUACCUUGUAGCUAGUGAUGGGUAUCUUCGGGGAGGAAACCCCCCUCCCCGGCCCAUCAUCUAG